AUGGCACCCAAGAAGCGUCCUGGGAAGAUGGUGAAAACGGUGGUCACGGCCAAGAAAGUGGUGGAGGAAACCGUGCAGGUGGUGGUUACUUCCACGGAGAAAGAGAAGGGAAAAGUAGAGGUGGUUUCUUCAUCAACCAAAGAGAGUGAAAAUGUGGAGGUUGUCACUUCGCCAACAGAGAAAGAGACUGUAAUAAGGUCAGUUACUGUUCAAGACAACGAAGAACCACCACCAAAGCAGCCGGCGGAAGAAAGAGAUCAAGACGAGACACAACCAGCAUCGGAGCCUGAAACCACCCCCCAGCCACCAAAACUUGAAACCCCACAAAAGGAGAAGAAAAGAAAAUCCCCACAAGUAAAAGAGCAAGGGAAAAAGAAGAAGAAAAUAGGAAGAGCAGCUGGUGAAGGUUACAAGAGAUAUAUAUUUAGGGUUAUGAAACAGGUUCAUCCUGAUAUGGGAUUUUCAUCAAUGGCUAUGACUGUUAUCAACAAUUUGAUGUCGGAUAUGUUCGAGAGGAUAGCCAAUGAGGCAGCAGGGCUACUGAAGUUUAGUGGGCGGACGACCCUUUCGUCGAGGGAGAUUCAAGGGGCAGUGAAGUUGGUAUUGCCUGGAGAGCUUGGGAAACAUGCUAUUGCUGAGGGGACUAAAGCUGUUACCAACUACAUUUCAAGCAUCUCCAAGCAUUAA